UCUCUAAAAAUCAAAACACAACCAAAAAUAAAAGCCAAGAAUGUAGAAGAUAAGACACUUGUGGAGAGCUUGUGCUGCAAACACUUCCACUUCCUGUUAUUCACCAUCAUACCACCCCCAACAAAAUAUAUUACCACAACCAUACCAUAUCCCACUUUAUUGUGUUUUUGUAGAUAAAAGAAAGAAAUGGCUUCUCUUCCCUUUAGCUUUGCUCCAGCUACUGUGAGAGUUCAUGCAGCAACAGCCGCUAAAGAAGGUGGUGGUGGGAAAGAAGAGAAGGGUCUUCUUGAUUGGAUUCUUGGGAACCUGCAGAAGGAAGAACAGUUUUAUGAGACUGAUCCAAUUCUGGCAAAAGUUGAAGACAAGAAUGGUGGGCGCUCCAAGAACUCAGUUGCUGUUCCACAGAAGAAGAAAACUGGAUUUGGAGGUCUCUUUGCUAAGAAAUGAACCUUAAUUAUCGCUCUCAAUCUGUUUCUACCAUUGAUCAUGUCCUGUAUGUUAAUUUCCCUUGAGUAAUUCUUGAACUUUAAGAUGCAUAUUUCCUGAUCUCAUUCAUAUAUGUCAACAUAUCAUGAAUUCAUUUCAAAUCAUCUACAGUUUACGGUA